AUGAAUAGUCAAAGUUAUAAUAAUAAUAAUAGUAAUAGUAAUAGUAAUAGUAAUCAUAUUUUUGUAAAUCUACCAUUACUUUUAAUUGCAACCAUAGUUAGAGAGCUAGAUAGUGAUGUGGAGAGAAUUUGUUUCAGUUUGACUUGCAGGCGAUGGUUCUAUCUGCGAGAGAAAUAUAUUUGGUUCACCUGUUCUUAUAUUCCUAAAUCAUUCAAGGGCUGGCUACUCGAUCCGAAAACCAAUCCGACAUUCACAUUGAAUUCAUUCAGAGAGCUACUUCAUAGAGGUGUCGAUGCAAAACCAAUCAAAUCAAUAUUGGUUUGCAAUAAAGACUAUUUUAAGAAUAUAAAAUCUAUAAGUACAACCACUUACUAUGAUGACUAUAUACCGAUUGAGGAUAUUGAAAACUAUGUGAUUAGUGAAUCUUGCACAGAUAUCACUUUCAUUUCACACAUAAUCAACCAAAUCGCAAUCGAUAAGAUAAGCAAAUCCAAUAUUAAAACAGUAGUAUUUCGUACGGAUUCAUUCGAGUUUGGUAACCACCAAAGACUUCCAUUGAAUAUCUCUACAAUUAUUUUACAUCGAUCUAUCGAUGAGUCAUUACUACCUUUGAAUUUGAAGAAAUUGGUUUUGGGAUGUUCCCCUCCUCCAAGGGCGAUCGAUGCCGCCAAACUACCGAGAUCACUAGAACAUCUUUACAUUGAAGGUAGGCAUGAUGAUCCCGUUGAUGUUGGUGCAUUCCCACCGAAUCUCAAGUUCCUACAUUACAUCAAUUACUAUGAAUCGCCGCUAAACGUACAACUUCCGCAAAGUCUCACUCAUGUCUCAAUAACAAAUAUUUGGCUCCCGCACAUUAGUAAUCUGAAAUCGAUUAAAAGACUGGAAAUCGAUCUGGUCGACGACUUUCCCAUACUGUCCGUUGACAUUCCAUCGAGUGUAACUCAACUUAUCUACGCCACUACAAAUAUCGAAUUUUUUGUCACACCCUUUAUCAUUCCAAGAAAUAUCAAGUAUCUAAGGUUAGCCGGUCAGUGUCGAUAUGAACCCAACAUAUUCGCGCAAUUCGAUCGAUUGAAGACGCUAGAAGUCAUUUCCAAUGAGAAAACCGAACUUGUUAUCGGAGAACUCCCAGAGAGUCUGACCACUCUGACACUGCCCUAUCAAAUCGACAUGCCGCUGGAACAGUACGUCAAGUUGCCACCACGUUUAGAAAACCUCUAUAUACAUGGGUACAAAGGUGUGAUCUCCUAUAUGCCUACCACGGUUAAAACCAUUGAGCUGAGACAAAACACUUUCAAGUAUCCAGUGAUAAUACCUCCAUCAGUAGAGACCGUCUAUUUCCAAUAUUGGAAUGAAAAUGAUACAGUUGACAUACGCUCUGAUGACUGGCCACCGUCACUGACCUCCAUGUCCACAAACGAUAUAUUACCAUUUCAAUUGCCAAAAUCAAUUACAAGCGUCAACCUCUUUAAGAUUGAGAGUUCCUUUAAUUUUUUCAUUCAAAGACUAAACGAAACAACAUUCUUGGUUCAUGGAGCUAGAAAUUCAAAUUUAGUUUUUUUCAUUUCAAAUUGGGAUACAAUCAGAAUUUUACUACCAAAAUUAAAUGUUUAA